UAAAAUUUUGCAUUGGCAACAAUAUCACGGUAUCGUAUUUUCAUGUGUCAAGAAGGUAAAUGGUUUUUGUGAAAUUGUGAUUAAUUGAACAUAAUUAUCAUUAUAAAAACUAUAUAAAUCUCGUAAUAAGUAAUCAUGGCUACAUCUAGUGAUACAUCUGACCAAAACGUGAAAUCUAGGCGACCUGCAGAGUCUGCGUUUAAACAACAGCGCCUGCCCGCCUGGCAGCCCAUUUUAACCGCGGGCACAGUUUUGCCCACGUUCUUCGUAAUCGGCAUUGCGUUUAUUCCCGUUGGAAUUGGACUACUUUACUUCUCUGAUGAGGUGAAGGAACAUGUAAUUGACUACACCUACUGCAUGAAGGAAGAUCAGAAUAUCACCUGCGCUGAGUACAUCAAAGAGAACUCGAUGGAGUCGUGCAGGUGUCGCCUGGACUUCACACUCACUGAGGACUUUAAGGGGGAUGUAUACUUCUACUACGGACUGAGCAACUACUACCAAAACCAUCGGCGAUAUGUUAAGUCAAGAGAUGACGGUCAACUCCUGGGCCGUUUGUCCCUCACGCCGUCGACCGACUGCGACCCGUUCGCGUACGCCGACGAGAACGGAGUCCGCAAGCCGGUGGCGCCGUGCGGAGCCAUAGCCAACUCUUUGUUUAAUGACACGUUGACGGUGUUCUCUGAGGAUCUGAACGAGGAAGUGCCCGUGUUCCGCACCGGCAUCGCCUGGAGCUCCGACAAGGACAUCAAGUUCCGUAACCCGCCCGGAGACCUUAAAACCGCCUUCGCUAAUUUCACUAAGCCAGUGAACUGGCGCGUGCACGUGUGGCAGCUGGAUCUGAACGACACUAACAACAAUGGAUUCCAGAACGAGGAUCUGAUAGUGUGGAUGCGCACGGCGGCGCUGCCCACCUUCCGCAAGCUGUACCGCCGCGUCGACCACUCCAAGACCGGCUACAUACCUGGCCUCGUCAAGGGACCCUACGUGCUCAUUGUCGAUUAUAAUUACCCGGUGAUCGACUUCAAAGGCACGAAGACGUUCAUAAUAUCGACGACGUCGCUGCUCGGCGGCAAGAACCCGUUCCUGGGCGUGGCGUACGUGGUGGUCGGCACGCUGUGCCUGCUGCUCGGCAUCGUGCUGCUUGUCAUACACGUGCGCUGCUCCAAGAGUACGACGGAGAUGAUCAACGUUAACCCGCGCACGCCAUAUUCUUAAAGCGACGUCAAUUUAAAAUUAACGUUGUAAAAAACACAAAAAUCGAGUAAAGUAGUGUAUUUGACUGUCUAAUAUCGAUACAUCGAUACGAUCGAUUAUGAUAUUCGGUCGUUUCAAACAGGCAUAGUUGUGUCACCUAGGGGGAAAUUUAUCUCAGAGUGUCAGUCGCCACUGUGAGGUUUUCAGUGCGUUUACCACCUGGUGCAGUGGAGUCACUAAGUUCUACACUUAAAAAAAUAUAUUUAAAACAAUGGGUUCCUUGAAUCGAUGAAUCGAUUUAAGGAUUUAUUACAAAAUAUCGAUUAGCGAGUGUAUUUAACGAAACAAAUUAUUAAAUAAUUUUAUUAAUUAUCUUAAAUUAUUUAUUGGGAUAGUCAAAUGCACCAUUUUAUGGAAAACCAAAGUCGCCACGACUAACAAUUGUUAUAAUUGGGAACUAUAAAAAAAGUUUAAUGUGACAAAUGUUUACGAUAUAAUGAAAAUGUUGGAACCUAUGUCUUGUAUUACUAUUUUUUUUUAUUGAUAAUAGAAUAACAUAUAAAUACAAUUUAAUAUGUAUAAUUUACCAACUAUAUGUUUUUAUUUAGAAUUGAAGUACUUGUAUUUAUUAUAUAAAAAAUUCCGAAUACUUUACUUAUAGGUCAAUUUGGACCCGUAUCUAAAAUAUAAACCACCAAACUUGAUUGAUUAUUAUGGUAACGCUAUAUUAUCAAAAUGUAUAUUUUAAAGAAAAGCAUUUAUACUUUUAACAAUUCGGGUCAAUUGUGACUCAGGUAAAUAAUUUGAGACAUUAGAACAUACUGAUAGUUACAAAGAAAUAAAAAACGGUUAGGUACCUUAUUCUCUAUGGCAAUAUAAACUCGUAACGCGGCCACGUUAUCUUCGUUAAAUUGGCGUGGAAUGGUAUUAUACUAAUUUCUUGUCUUAAACGCGACGUGGUGCGUUGCGUGCAGUAUUAGUGACACGGGGCCUUCGAGCUUUGGGGUCCCUUUAGGCCCAUACCUACAUUAAACUAAGCUGGCGCCCAAAAGUUCGCACUGGCCUGAAGAGCACCCAACAAAUAUAGAUAUAGGGCCUCUUUUUGGCGAGCUACGCUACUUGACGUGCUUGUUAUAAACUGUCAAAAUAACGUUUGGCAUAGAGUUUUUUUUUUGGAUAGAUUUACUCCUUAAGGAGAAGGCAAAGGCUCUCAGCCAUACAGCCUAAAAACAUCCUUGCCAUAGAGAAUAAGGAUCCUGUAUGGUUAUCACAAACGAUUUAUCGUAAAUGAGUUCGAAUUAAAUUUAUAAAUAUUUAAAUUCUAUAGAUAAACGUCAUGAACAAAAUAAAACUUUUAAAUGUUUAAUGUUUGAGAAACUAUUUUAGUUUAGUUGUUUUCGCUGUGAAUGUGAUACAAAUUUGUUGAUUAUUGUUUUCAGUAUUUUUAUUAUGUGUUUUAGAUGCUCUGAUAUAAGGGCUAUUUUGUUUUACUUGACACGUAAGUUUAAUUAAUAAUUUAUCAUAAAACGGGCUGUUGAGUCUUAUUUAUUGCAUAGUUUAGUUUAAAAAUGGAACGCUGGUGAAUACUAUCUUUCUAGUAAAUUCUUUACUCAAGAAAAAUACAGAUACAGUCAGCCUCAAAUUUAUGUAAUCACAGACAAAGAUCAAAUGUAUUAAUUACACAGUGUAAUCUGUGUUUGUGAAAAAGUAAUGAUUAAGAUCAUGUAUCGUACAUUUAAAAGCAUGAUAGUCUAGUUGGGAAUGGAGCGGUCUGCAGACGAAUGCCCGUAGGUUCAAAACCCAACACUCUGACUUCGAAGUUACUAAUUAAAUAUAAGGUGCACCGUAUAAUAAAUGUUUAUAUUAUAAAAAAUGCUUUAGAGGCCCCAAGCCAGAACCCGAAAUAUAGGUUUGUAUUAUUUGACUGAGUAAUUCCAUUCCAAUUAAUUUUCAGCGAGCCAAAAAGUGGCCAUUAAAAUCUAAAAUCAUUUAUAUUUUUGCGGUUGAAGUUUUUUCUUUACCAGGACAAUAUAAUAUGCUGACGGUACCUGGGGUCUUGUUCUCUAUGACAACAUGAACUCUUUGCAAGGCUAUGGUACAUAGUAUCACGUCUCUAUCCCAUAAGGGUAGGCAGAUUGGAAUGCCACUGCACGAUACUGAUAUACUUCUCUCGCUUCCUCCACCUUCAUCUUUUCAUGUAUUCCCGCCGGUUUAGGGUACUUUUGACCUUGCCUUUACUAAGAAUGUCAGAUAUUAGACAUUUGAAGGUACGGUGAGGUCGGCCCCUACCUGCUCUUCCAUCCAAUGCAUCCAUCUAUUCAUAAGGUGGUUUCAACAUUUGGAGAGGAUGAAUGUUAGGAGGCUGACAAAGAGAUUUUAUUCGCCCUGUCUCGGCAGUGUAGUUGUAAUGCAUGCGCGAUACGACAGCGCUCUGAGGACCUGGGUUCGAGUCCCGGGUCGGGCAAAGUGAUAUUUGGGUUUUUCUGCUCAGUAUCAGCCUGGAGUCUGGAAUCUGUGCCCAAUAUGGCGAUAGGCUCGCCCCCUAUCACAUCAUGGGACGGAGCACACUUGGCGAAAAGUGGGUGCCUUGGUUGCGCCUCUGCAUACUCCUUCGGGGAUAAAGGCGUGAUGUGUGUGGAUAUUACGUUGCGUAAAAUUUGCAUGGAAUGGUAUUCUCUAUGAUAAUUUCUGAAAUCUUUAACGUGAUGCGAAGCGUUAUUUGCUUGUUACUAACUAUUUAAAUAACGUUUGGUAUACUAUAAUUUUCAAUAAACCAUCUCAUGUGUUUUAUCUAUCUCAAAAAUGGACCAAUCAGAACAAAGUUUUUUUGACAUGCUUACAACUGAUUUUAUUGGUUCAUUCUCGGAAUCUGAUUGAAGAUUGAGAUUGGGAUCGUUUUGGAAACGGCCGAUAAAGAAUAAGGCCCCUGGUACAUUACUUACUUACUACAACAGUUUACUAGUAUGACGUAUCAGAUCUCGGGGCCCGCUAUAACAUUGGCUUAUACUUAAAUUAGAACUUAGAAUAUAUUAUAAUAAAGUGCCUUUACUAAUCACACGCUUUUAAUGUACAAUUAUUAAACGUGUGUAGUUAUAGUUGACGUCUAAAAAUAUUUAAUAUUAAGUCUUUGUCACUUAUUGUCAAUAAUUACUAGGCCUAGAGCAGAGGUUCCCAAACUAUUUUUUCUCAUAGACUACUUUCAAAACUGGUUCCGGCAGACCCCUAGCAGCUAAAUUUCUACCAUAUUCCUCAGCAUGGGCGUGGGCCCCGCAGUGAGGCAAUUUUGAGUUGGGAAACACUGGUCUAGCCUUGUGGCAAAGUUGUCUAAUAGCCAAUUAUAACCGAUUAGUAUAAACAAUCUUAGUCGCUAACGUCGGAUUCAUAGUGAAUAUUGACCAAUCAGAGUAAAGUUUGUUUUCCUUACAGAUAUGUUAUUAUGAUUGGCUUAUUUUUACCAUUAACGCUUUGUUACCGCUUGGGAGAGUCUAUUGGAAUCUAGAUUAUAUAUAAAUGCAUCAAAUGUUACUAAACUACAUACAAUAAAUCGUCCCCUUAAGGGUGCGCCGAAAUAUCCGGAUAGCGAGCACCGUACACAAGGUGUUAAAACCCGCAAUAGUGGCCCACGUAAGUGUCGCGUUCCGGGAUCGGCCUGUGUAUAUCCGGUUCCAACAGGCCGGCAUAAUUGUGGCGACUGUCGAAAGGUAAUCAUCUCUCGUCAGUCGACAUUCUAUUGGACCCCACUCCAUCUACCAUCAGGUGCCAGUGGGGUCACUUUGCCGUGCUUGCAUAAAAAAAUAGCUUCAAGUAAAAAUGGAGGCCACGUUUAGUUUAUACAUUAUGUUUUAAUUUCUCGUGGUUUAGUAUCAACACGUGGAUAAAGAAAAUAAGUUAUCGAAGACAAUACAAGUUUAUGCAGUACAGUCAGCCAUAUAAUAAGCUGAUCUAGAUCCUAUUGGCACUGUUGUGGGAUAUAUACCAUCCAUACUGGAUGAGUGUUUAAGAACUUAUGUUUGUUGGUACCCACCUAAUUAUGAAAAAAAAUCCUCUACCUCGUCAGUACUUAAAUUUAUUGUAAAAUUAUGCUGUGUGCCGUUAUUGUUUCUUUUAAUCGAAUUCAAAACAUUAAAUCGCUUUAGCGCGUUAAUUGAAUAAUUAAUUAUUAAUUCAUUUUGUUGUAUUUAACAAAAAAAAUACUUUUUUUAUUUUAGUGAAAAAAAUAAUUUUGGUAAGAACAAAAGUGUGUAGGCGUUUUGAAAUUGUGCAGCUAAUUAUGUGGAUGACUGUACACAAUUGGUACAUGGUAUAACGGACAUAAUGUAGUUUGCAGAUUAUACUGAAAUAUAAGCACGUGCGAGAUUAAUUUUCAUUAAUUAGAUGCAAUAACAUGAUUGUUAAUUUGUAAGAAUGAAAACGUAUGUAUUAUCACUUAGAUCUCUAAUAAAUAAAUGUUUUAAAAGUAAUUAA